AUGAGACUCAUCAUUAGACCCGACAGCAGGUCGGCAUCAGCUCAUGUGGCCCAUUACAUCCUGGACCGCAUAAGGACAUUCCAACCAACACCUGAGAAGCCGUUUGUUCUUGGACUCCCUACGGGCAGCAGCCCCAUCCAGAUCUACGAGAUCCUUGUUGCGGAAUACAAAGCCGGCCGCAUCUCAUUCGAAAAUGUCAUUACCUUUAACAUGGAUGAGUAUGUCGGACUGCCUCAGACACACCCGGAGUCCUACCACAGCUUCAUGUUCCGCCACUUCUUCUCGCACGUGGACAUCAAGCCCGAAAACGUACACAUCCUCAACGGCAACGCGUCUGACCUGGACGCCGAGUGCGCUGCGUACGAGGACCGGAUUCGGGCCGUUGGCGGCAUCGAUCUCUUCCUCGGCGGCGUCGGCCCGGACGGCCACAUCGCCUUCAACGAGCCGGGUUCGAGCUUGGCGUCCCGUACUAGAGUGAAGACGCUGGCGAUGGACACGAUACGCGCCAACGCCCGCUUCUUCGGCGGCGACCUGAAGAAGGUGCCGCAGAUGGCGCUCACUGUUGGCGUUCAGACCGUCAUGGAGGCGAGAGAAGUGGUCAUCAUUGUGAAUGGUGCAAACAAGUCUAUUGCUCUUCAGAAAGCGAUCGAGGGCGGCGUCAAUCACAUGUGGACGCUGUCGUGUCUCCAACUCCACCCUUACUCGAUGAUUGUCGCGGACGAGGAUGCGACGCUGGAGUUGCAGGUCAAGACUGUCAAGUACUUCAAGAGCAUCGAAAAGGUCGGACUGGGUAAGGGAUUCGAGCAGAAGCUCCCCUUGAGACUGAGGACCGUGUCGCUCGUCAGCCCUCCUCAGACGCCCGCCGACAGCAAGGCGGCAUUUGACGAAGAUCAUCUCGUGGAGCUGACUCCGGACAGCAUGUCGUCUCGCAUUGCGACGUGGCCUGUUAUUUGA